GGAAGGGGCCGAAGUGCCCCAGGCGCUGGUCAAGUUUUGAUACGAGAGACGCAAAUUGAUUUAGGCAUGGACAAGAUCGGACUGGACCAGAGCGAGGCGCCUGUUCUGUACCCUCGAAUGGACCUCCCUGGGCCUAUUCGAAUCUUGGAAGACGACGUCAGCCAUAUCGCCAAGCAAAGGGAGCUGGCGGCAGAUAUGUCCAAGUCAAUUUAUUACAUCACUCCCAAGUACGCGGUGAAAGAUGUUGAAAGGUACUCUGACGGCGUUCACUCGAGUGGCUCUCGAGGACAAUCGCUUGCCAGCCAGUUGUCCGCCGGGAUGAAGCGGCAUCUUCCGCCAGAGCUUACGGACAGACCAGCGAUAGGAACGACGGCUGCCGGCGGGAAGAUGCCGGGCCUCAAGCCAUUGCCAGCAUUCGACGGCAAGUCGCUCACAGCUUUGGAAGACAGGGAAAGAAAAAGCGCUGAAACGGGGGGGGCGGAAAAGGAGAAAGACAAGGAGGAUGUGGGCAUGUUGAGCGAUGUCGAGGCCGACGUGGAAGAGGAAGAGCAGGACGACGACUAUGCUAUUGAUCACUACGAAAGUGGGGACGACAGCGGAGGAGACGACGAACCGGCGGCGGUGUUUUAGGAAUUUGAACUGUAGAGAAAAAUGCUCCGGUUGCCACAACGAACUUAAUCGUUGGUAUUUUGUUCAGCUGCUGACCCUGCAUUUUGAUUCCAUCGCUCCUUUCUCUUGCGCAUGAGGGGAUACGUGUGCUCGGGUGAAAAAAGUCGUUAGGGUGUGUAUUCGCCCUAACUCCGCUCCUUCACCUGUCUUCGUAGUAUGCUUGGACGUUGCGUGAUACCGCAAACCAGCGUGCCGAAUGCGCAUGGAUCUUCGGCAUGUUUCAACUAGCUGCGGCAUAGCCGCAAAACGCCGUGUUGUAACGAGUAAUACACGUCAGAUCCGGUGUAGGGGCCCGAACAACAUGUGCCAGGCGAACCGGAUUGCGGAGCCCGCCCUGGCCCUGGGUCUGUUUUCUGUUGCGAUUCAACACUGCUUUCAGUGGCGCUUCCAACUAACGGUACCCGUGGCAGUGUUUUUGUUGCCGAAGGUAUGACCGAAUUCGAUCAAAUCUGAUCAGCGCCAGACCCGUCGAUGGGAUAGAGAUGGUGCAUGUUGACAUGGUCGUCAAUGUGUGGGGAUCGCCGCAGAGCGUGUUUUCGCUUGUCCGAUUGUGUUGAUGUCCGCUCUUUGUUCUCUUGUUUUCUUCCGAGGGCAUGUUUUGUCGUAUGCUAUGUACAUACCAUGCUUGUUUUUCGUCCAAAGAGUGCACACCACGGCUGUUGUGCUUGUUUUGUUUUCUGUCAUGAUACUACCUAGGACUUAAUUAAAUACGUGUGCGAGGGUGAGAUGUAUAUUGGAUAGCAUGGCGUGGUGUGUUGGUGUUGGUGUUGUUUUUGGUGAGUGUCGUCAAGAAUAAAUUGGAGACCCAUUCG